AGCGCACAUUGCACCACGUCCUAUCCUCGGUCUGUCUGCUUGCACCGCUUAUUAACCAGGUUUCAGUUUUACUUUCACUACCAUUGAAAACAACGGACCAGCUGGAUACUGCUCACUCAUUGGCUGUCACUUCUUUUACUCAUUCAUCAUGGCCAACUGUGUUUCUUCACGAUUCAAUUAGACAUUUUUCAGUGGAACACCCGAUGCUCUUUGAUUCACUUGUUUUUUCAACAACGCUCUUAGUUCUUGUGAAUCAUGUUAGCUAGUGCGCCUUUUUUAGUUUGUCUUGUUUUUGUUUUAGUGGAGUGUCAUCCUACGAUGUACAAGUACAAUGAAAAUAAGGUCUUGGAGCCAGAUCUUGUUCCUGUCUCUUCUACCGUCAUCCCACUGCCAGUGUACAAGGUCGGUUAUGGUUUCACUAGCGGAAAGAAUGCCAAAAAUUCGAAUGUUAAGAAGCCAGAAGGACCAAUAGAACUUAUUACGGUGCAUACAAAGAAGAAACCUACCCCAGCAGUGAAACCAAAGGUGUCUGGAAAUGUUAAACACGUUUCCAAAAAAGAACUAAGGGAAGAAUGACGCACGAAUCGACAUAUCGAGAUUUGAAAAUAGAUGCAUUUGACUAGCUGGCACUAAUCAUUCUUACCAAGACUAACCGCUGUUACCAAUUCACCAAAACAAGAUGAUAUUCUCCUUUGAACCUGAUAUUUUUAGUAUUGUAGAUCGUAGGUACUCUUACUUGGUGAAACCCAUUAGUGAUCGAAUACUACAAUUUUUCGUUAAAGUUUUGCAAUAAAACACAGGCAGUCGUAAAAUAUUUCUCUGUUAUUCGAAAAGCAUCUUUCUGCCAAAUCGAACGCUUCAUUGCCAGUCUCGUCACUUAAUUGACAGACCUCGUAAUUAGCAGUGGACCAUUUGUUCGAUUUUUCUGAAUUAUCAGUAGGUCUUUUUCCGAACACAGUCAAGUUACGGUCUGCACAUAUCAGUGACAACAAACUAAGCGUAUUUGUAACUCUAGUAAAACGACUGUCAUGGAAUCAUCAGGUAUUUAAAAGUAUUUAUAAACCUUCAAUACAUCGUGGCAAUUGAGCAGACUACUCACACCAGUUAAGUCUUUUUUGAACGUUACUAUAACUAUACAGGGUGAGGGGAAAAUAGAUGCGGAGCCAGUGGGGGGAGGUAGUACAAGCCAAUCUGAGUCGAUUUUACUAUAGGAACUACUGUCCGAAAAUUAGCGGUUUUCGAAUUAUACUAAUUUUUAAGAUUUUAUAAAAUUAACGUCCUUUAUACGUUAACCAAGUCAUAAAACUUGAAAAUUGGGUGUUUCAUUUGAUUUGAUUUUUGGUUUUACAAUAAAAUUAUUCUAAAAUACGAAAAUUGAUACUCAAAUGUACAUUAUUGACGUUAUCUCAUGCAGUAAGCUUCAAAAUAGUUCGAUUUUUGUUAAAAAAAUCUUCGUUUAUCUCACAAGCUUUAGUUUACUAGAAAAAGUCGCAUACAAAUCUUUCAUACCAAAUAAUUAGAAAACAUCUACGUUUCAUUACCUUUCAAAUGAGGUAUAAAAAUCACAAAUCGAUUAAGAAUUGGCAAAAAUAUGACUAUUAAUAAGAGAAGGAAGGAAAAAGCAAUAAAAAAUCAUACCUUAAUACAGGAUAAUUUGUUUGAAACUAGAUUUUUUUAUUUUCAUAAUACAUUUUCAAUCUGGCGCCCUACUACCGCCGAAUUCCUAAGAGAGGCUUCAAUUUCUUGUGCUGCGCAUGUAUUAUCCUGUUUCUGAGGUCCUCUAUUGUGGGUACAGGAUUUUGACCAGAGUAUACUAAAGUUUUCAUGCGACCCCACAUAAAAAAGUCCAUAGGUGUGAGAUCAGGACUGCGUGCUGGGAUUGGUCCGCCUCUACCGAUCCAUCGAUUCUGAAACUGCUCAUUUAACCAAUUUCUAACACUUAGUCUGAAAUGUACUGGGCACGUAAUUCAAAUAGAACAUUUCUCAAGAAGUUUUCGUAGGCUUCUCCAUUUAAGUUGUCGCGUAGGAAAUGUGGUCUUACCAAACAGUUAUUUAUAAUGCCCAUCCAGACAUUCAGACAAAAUCGCCUUGGAGAUCCUUUUGGUCUCUUCAUAUGAGGAUUUCCCACUGCACGUUCACGCCAAUACUGAGCGUUGUGGUAGUUUGUUAUGCCGUCUUUAUCAAAUUUUGAUUCGUCGGUCCAUAGAAUUUUUCUUAAUUAAUUGCUAUCUUCAACAUCAGCGUUUAAAAUAAAACGACAAAAUUGCAUGCGCCUCAUGGGAUCUCCUUCCUCUAUGACAUGCACAGGUGUGUAGUGGUAAGGGUGGAAUAUGUUUUCAUACAAAACAUACCACAUUUGCCAUUGGGAUAAUCCAAGCCGUCGAGCCACAGCGCGAGUAGAGAGAGUAGGGUCUCUUUGAAAAUAUUUAAUGUUUCUUCUUCUUCCACAUCAUGUCGAGGUCUACCUGCAUCACCUGAAAUUAAAUGAAAAAACAAAUAACAGUAUUUGGGAGGAAAUUGUUACCUAAUAAACAUAGCGGUAAGACUAUGAGCUAGAGUUGGCAAAAUAUUAUUUAGAAAAAACGAUACACAACGUGCAGAUGUUUCCAUCUUCAGAGCCGUGUAGAUGCUCGUGUUAAAAUUAAAUGAAUAAACUCUUAAUUAAGAAGUUCAAUCAACUGUAUCAAAACAACUAUGUUACAGUACCAUCAGUUCAGCCCACAGACCUCCAAGGCUCUACAUAGGCCUUACUGAAUGACUGAUUAUCAUAAGUUAAUAAUUAUCAAUGAUGCAAACUUACCUUGAUAUUUUACGACGGUACCGCGCUCUCGAACCCGACGGAACGUAUGCCUAAAUACGCGGGCGUCAGGUAGGCGACGAGUAGGAAACAUUUCCCCAUACUCACUACGAGCUUCUUCAGCAUUGCCUCUGGCAUCUCCAUAGUAGAAAAGGAUAUCGGCAUAUUCUUCGAAACUGAACGGCCGCCUCCUUUGUUCAUCAGCCAUUGUUCAUCGAUAGGUAGAUCAACGAACAAUCAAGUCACACACCAGCCAAGUCAGCAGCAGCGGUGGCCGCAGUAGUAGACUCUUCGGUCUCCUGAUCAGUCGCCGUGCGCUGUGCGCGUUCGAAUCCCGUCCCAGGAGAAACUUUUCUCUUGGCUAUGGAUAUUGUGAUUGUCCGUAGGUGGUAGAUGGUCUCUGACUGUCGAACGCGGAGGUACCACCCGGCGGAUCUCGUAGGCGGAGCCAGAAUGUGUGCAUGUUGCAUGCACACGUGUUCCCUCGCCAGAGUCCGUGUGGCGUUCCCCCUUUCCCUAUAGCCCCACGGUACCAAUGGGUGUUUAGGCCCUAGGCCUUCGCGGUAGUUGGAGUAUAAAAAAAAAGUCGUAAGGAACCACAGAAAACAGGGUUUAGUCUAGGUCGUCAGGAAAAGAAUCACACACGGAAGUCCAACAAGAGCCAAGUCGUUAGAAAUAUCAAAACAGCGAGCAAACAAACACAUCCGAAUGCAACAAAUCGCAAGAGCAGAUUGAAACGAGGGAGGGAGGGGGGUGACUAGUUUUACUUAUCACACUAUUCGGGUGGCAAAGUCCGAUGUUCGCGGCUCUACCUGUUUCUUUCACUCAUAUCUUUGUCAUUUCUAAACCGGUUUGUGACUUUGAUACCUCAUUUGAAAGGUAAUGAAACAUAGAUAUUUUAGAAUUGUUUUGCACGAAAAAUUUGUAGGUGAUUGUUUCUAGUAAAUUGAGUUUUUGGGAUGAACGAAGAUUUUUUUUAACAAAAAUUGAACUAUUUUGAAGCUUACUACAUGAGAUAACGUCAAUAUUGUACAUUUGAGUAUCAAUUUUCGUAUUCUAGAAUAUUUUUAUUGUAAAACCAAAAAAAAUCAAAUGGAACACCAAAUUUUCAAGUUUUAUGACUUGGUUAACGUAUAAAAGACGUUAAUUUGAUAGAAUCCUAAAAACUAGUAUAAUUCGAAAACGGCUAAUUUUCGGACAGUAGUUCCUAUAGUAAAAUCGACUCAGAUUGGCUUGUACUAUCUCUCCCUACCGGCUCCUUAUCUAUUUUCCCGUCACCCUGUAAAAUGGGACCGACUGAAAGUGUUCAUUCAAAGAAAUACAACAAAAAUCGGGUUUUUGAUGAAAACUGAAUAUAUUAAAGAAACUGGGACACUUAAAACGUAUAUGUACAUAAAUGUUUUUUAAAAUAAACAAAAAACUAUACACUUAAGAAGAAAAAGAUUUGUUACCUUUUGAUACAUACAAAGUAUUUACAUAUGUACAAUAUAAUAUGUACGUAUGUUUGUCUCCUCUUUCUCUUUAAUAUGGCGUCUUGAAACCGUAUUUCUAGUUUAGAAGAAGCUCCAAAGACUCUGCAUGAUUUUCGUCAAAACUUUUGAGCUGCUUGGUCAGGGUAAUAGCUUUACCAUAAUUUGACAUAUCUUCUGUUGGUACUGGAACCUCAUCGACACCAGAAUCUUCGGAAAGUUCUUGUAUUUAAACUGAAUUUUCAAUUUCUUUGCCUAAAUCUGGAUCUACAAUAUGAAGACUAUCAUCUAGGUUCAAAAAAUCAUAAAGGUUUUCGUUAUCAGUCAAUUUCAAUAAAUUUUUAUUUUUGCAGAUAUCUGAAAGUACGUUAAGUGGUGACUCAUCUUGUGGGUCAAGUGUAUCAGACUCAUUUAACUGGUCUUCACUUUGCAUGUUUUCAUGCUCAAAUCGUGCUUUGCGGAAGCAAUUUUGCACUGUUUCUUUGGUUACUUGAUCCCAGGCGAUUUUGGUCAAACAAACUGCAUCGAAUGACGUAAUUUUCUUGAUUAACUCAAAAGCUGUACUAGCAGCUUCAAUGUUUACUUGCAAGUUUUUUAAAUGUCUUUAUGAUCUUUGGUCAAGUAAUUGACAAGCUGGUGUACAACUAAGGGGCAAAAUAAGAUUUUUUAUAUUAUUUAAGCGAAUGUCUUUUGGAUGAGAUCCCGCAUUGUCCAAAAAUACCAAAAUGUUUUCUUUUUCUUUAGCAAUUUCCAAUCUAAGUCUUGCAACCACUUGUCUUGCCAUCUUUUUGCAUGCCAAGUUACAGGCAAGUAAUUGAAGUUAAUGUUUUUAAAAGCUUUAGGUUUAGCUGCCUUUGAAAGGACUUUUUCUUUUUCACCCACCAUAUUUACCCAGUACGAAAUUGUAAACCUGUCUUUGGGAUACUCACCAUUUUAGCUUCUUUAAUGUGAGCGUCUUGUCGGGUAGAGCCUUAAAACACAGGCCUGUCUCAUAAAGAGAAGAGAAAAUGAAAAUAUUAAAGAAACGAAAAUUCAAUGACAUUAAAAAAUGAUAGUUCGACAGCGUAAAUAGGGACUUAUACAUUAGUUUUAUAUGCAUGUUAAUUCGCUUGGCUCGCAUGGAAAUCUGUGUAUGCUAUAUAUGUCAAUGUCAGUCUGAUUUUUUUUUCAAAUAAAAGCGAAACCCGUCGCGACUUGCACUGUGUUUUACUGUUAAGAGAAUUAUACUAUUCGAUCACUUGACAUUUUUAUUUGAGUUUUUUUUUGCUCUAGUCAAACCUGGCAAAUUAUCUAGCUAUUAAUCUAUAUGUAGAACGAGGAUCAGUAUCAAGAGCAACAACUACCAUCUAUUGUAAUACCCUAGGUCCAAGAGAUAGCAACAGUUAUUAUGAAAUAACAGACACAAAUUGUUCUACUCGUUUUCAAAUGCUUUUAUUACCAUAUUAAGUUGCCUUUAAAAGUAUUCGCUACGUGACAGUAUUUUUGGCGCCUUUUUCAUGACCAGUGUCACUUGUAGUUUGUUAUUAUCCCUAGAUAGAAAAUGUACAGUUUUUGUAUAAAAUCAAAUAAACCCGUUUUUUCUAAUAUAA